UUUGAGUUUAGUCAAAACACUACCGGAGAAGAAGAAAAAGACCCUGGAGGAUUUUUCAAAUAUCAUCGAAGAGGAUAGCACAAGGUACGGUGCUGAUUACCAUGAGGAUGUUAAGGAUGGAUUAUUAAAUUUGUAUGUUAACACGAGGAUUCUUCAUCGGGAAAUAUUAAAAGAUUUCGAAUUACGGAAUGGGCGUAAGACAUUAUUAAUUUCGAGUUAUUAUUUACGAAAUUUGUUUGACAUCUGGAGACGGAGCCAGCCUUCCGAAAAUCCACCUAUAUAUAGUGAAAUGGCUGCUAGAAGGAAUUAUGAAGAUUUUGAGAGAUACAAUACUCAAUUAAGUGACGAUACUACUGGUACUACUCGUAUGCAUAAGCAGGAUAUUGUGGCCAAUGAGACAGCAGGUCGUUCUGGAUUUGAUCACUUAUGGAAUUCGACAAGUAAACAAUCGAAUAAAAAGAAUCAUCCUGAUAAUUCAGCAUCCAACAAUAGGAUCAAUGGGAAACUUGGAAAAGAUGAAAAAUCGGAUCAAAUUCAAAAUGCCAGGAGAGCUGAUCACAGAAGGUUCGAAAUUACAUUAAUUCGCGAAAUUUAUAAUUUAAUAAGAGAAGCUUUGAGUUUAGUCAAAACACUACCGGAGAAGAAGAAAAAGACCCUGGAGGAUUUUUCAAAUAUCAUCGAAGAGGAUAGCACAAGGUACGGUGCUGAUUACCAUGAGGAUGUUAAGGAUGGAUUAUUAAAUUUGUAUGUUAACACGAGGAUUCUUCAUCGGGAAAUAUUAAAAGAUUUCGAAUUACGGAAUGGGCGUAAGACAUUAUUAAUUUCGAGUUAUUAUUUACGAAAUUUGUUUGACAUCUGGAGACGAAGCCAGCCUUCCGAAAAUCCACCUGUAUAUAGUGAAAUGGCUGCUAGAAGGAAUUAUGAAGAUUUUAAGAGAUACAAUACUCAAUUAAGUGACGAUACUACUGGUACGUUGAACGUUGAGCUUGACAAAAGUGCACAUCAAGAGCCGACAAAUCGUAUGUAUAAGCAGGAUAUUGUGACCAAUGAGACAGCAGUUCGUUCUGGAUUUGAUCACUUAUGGAAUUCGACAAGGAAACAAUCGAACAAAAAAAAUCAUGCUGAUAAUUCAACAGUAAAUAAAAGUUCAGUAAGUAAAGAGCACAGUAGCCACCGCCGAAACCAUAGUAAAGGCGAUGCAAAAUUCUUGAAGAAACUCGAAAACAAUACAAAUAAUGUAUCUGUUACUUAUAACAGCAAAACCAGUAAAGGUAAUGCCAUUACGAAGAAUGUUCCGGAGGAUGCUAAUAAUGUCUUCAAAGUUACAACAGAGACGUCGAAUAAUAAAAUUACCAAGGCUGAAGACAUAAAGGAUAGUAAUGGGAAAAAUGCAUCGUUUUCAUCAUUGCCCAAGAUCGAUGGAACUGCCGACGAAAAUGAGGAUAUGAAAAACACUACUACAAUGCACAUAAAAGAUAUAUCCAAUAACGUUAUCAAGAAUUUAACGAUAACCAAUGAAUUUCUAGUACCACCAAGUCCUACAGUGGCUACAACGAAUACCAAACAGAAUGCGUCGUUUCUGAUUAACAAUGAAAGAUCCAAAGAGUCCAAAGAGAAUAACAAGCAAAAUCAAUUUGUUAUGGAUCACAUAUUAGAUGCAGUCGACAAAGUACUUUUAGAGGAUUAAAUAUUUAUCCUCACGCUGAUAACAGCACUAUGCCGAAUCAAUAAAAUUUCGUUUCCCUUCCCAUAAGAUAUGGUAUAAUAAUUUUAUCGCAAUAAGAAUCUCCAUCUAACUUGAAUAUAAAAAAUUCAAUAAAUUUAUGACAAUCGA